ACGCUCCCACCCACGCGUGCCCGGGGCGCCCCCGCCCCCUCGCCUGCUGCCGCCUGGCGCAGCCGCACGCACUUACACACCCGCACACUCACACUGCACACUCGCUCAGGCCGCCUGGGCUACAGCUCGCCGCUCCUUGCCCGCCCCACCGGUUCGCCUUCGCCAUGGCAAGCCCCGGCUCCGGCUUCUGGCCCUUCGGGGCCGAGGAGGGCUCCGCGGCUGCUGAGAGCCCCGGCACAGCCAGAGCCUGGUGUCAGGUUGCGCAGAAGUUCACGGGAGGGAUCGGAAACAAACUCUGCGCCCUACUCUAUGGAGAUGCCGAGAAGCCCGUGGAAACAGGCGCCAAGGCAGCCCCGGGGGCAGCGGAGCCGCGGCCGGCCUGUACCUGCGACAAAAAACCCUGCGGCUGCCAAAAACCGGAGGUGAAUUACGCCUUUCUUCACUCAACAGACCUUCUGCCGGCAUGCGACGGAGAAAUAACAACUAUGUCUUUCCUACAAGAUGUUGUGGACAUUUUACUUCAGUAUGUGGCAAAAAGUUUUGAUAGAUCAACAAAAGUUAUUGAUUUCCAUUACCCAAAUGAGCUGCUCCAGGAAUAUAACUGGGAACUGGCAGACCAGCCACAGACCUUGGAAGAAAUUUUAUUGAACUGCAGAACAACUCUGAAGUAUGCAAUUAAAACAGGGCACCCCAGAUAUUUUAAUCAACUUUCAACUGGAUUGGACAUGGUUGGAUUGGCAGCAGACUGGCUAACAUCAGCAGCAAAUACUAAUAUGUUCACCUAUGAAAUUGCUCCAGUGUUUGUACUUUUGGAAUAUGUCACACUAAGGAAAAUGAGAGAGAUGGUUGGCUGGCCAGGGGGCUGUGGCGAUGGGAUAUUUUCACCUGGUGGUGCCAUAUCUAACAUGUAUGCUAUGUUGAUUGCACGUUUCAAGAUGUUCCCAGAAGUUAAAGAAAAAGGAAUGGCAGCUAUUCCCAGACUGGUUGCCUUCACAUCAGAACAUAGUCACUUUUCUGUGAAGAAAGGAGCAGCAGCCUUGGGUAUUGGUACAGAUAGUGUGAUUUUGAUUAGAUGUGAUGAAAGAGGGAAAAUGAUCCCAUCAGACCUUGAAAGAAGAAUUCUUGAAGCCAAACAAAAAGGGUUUGUUCCUUUUCUGGUGAGUGCCACAGCUGGGACAACAGUGUAUGGGGCCUUCGACCCUCUCAUAGCUAUUGCAGACAUCUGCAAGAAAUACAAAAUCUGGAUGCACGUGGAUGGAGCAUGGGGUGGUGGGCUGCUGAUGUCAAGAAAACACAAAUGGAAGUUAAAUGGUGUUGAGAGGGCCAACUCGGUGACCUGGAACCCUCACAAGAUGAUGGGCGUCCCGCUGCAGUGCUCAGCCCUGCUAGUGAGAGAAGAGGGCCUGAUGCAGAGCUGCAAUCAAAUGCAUGCUUCCUACCUCUUUCAACAAGACAAGCACUAUGACCUUUCCUACGACACCGGAGACAAGGCCUUGCAGUGUGGACGGCACGUUGAUGUCUUCAAGCUAUGGCUGAUGUGGAGGGCAAAGGGAACUACAGGAUUUGAAGCACAGAUUGAUAAGUGCUUGGAACUGGCAGAAUACUUAUACAAUAAAAUAAAGAACAGAGAAGGGUAUGAAAUGGUGUUUGAUGGAAAGCCUCAGCACACAAAUGUCUGCUUCUGGUACAUCCCUCCCAGCUUGCGUGGCAUGGAAAACAGCGAGGAAAGGAUGAGUCGCCUUGCCAAGGUGGCACCGGUGAUAAAAGCCAGGAUGAUGGAGUAUGGCACGACCAUGGUGAGCUAUCAGCCCCUGGGAGACAAAGUGAACUUCUUCCGGAUGGUCAUCUCAAACCCUGCAGCAACUCACCAAGACAUUGAUUUCCUGAUUGAUGAAAUUGAACGCCUGGGACAGGAUUUAUAAUAACUGGGUGUGAAAGUCUCUUCCUGACCUCUAAGUAGACACUUAAGUUGUCACAAACUGUGCGAAUGUAUUUGUAGUUUGUUCCAAAGUAAAUCUAUUUCUAUAUUGUGGCGUUGGAGUAGAGUACAGUUUAAAAACAAUCGAGAAACAUGGCUCCUUUAAAGUCCUUCCCCGAGUUCUAGAAUACCUCCUUAACAAUUAGCCGCACACAAAGUUGCACUGAAGCAAAGAAAGGAAGAACAGAAGCCGCUUAAAACGCUAUCCCCCCAUUUUAACACAGCAGCUCCUUUGAAUUCAAAGCAGAUUUGAAUGAUGCCAAACUUUGCCAAAAAGAAA